GUCAACCCAACUGAACGUCUUCACAUCUACAACAGGUGUUUGACAGGAGUCAACCCAACUGAACGUCUUCACAUCUACAACAGGUGUUUCACAGGAGUCAACCCAACUGAACGUCUUCACAUCUACAACAGAAAGACAAUGUUUUCGUACUCGGUGACCGUGUUUAGUGGCAAACUGCUGGAUUCUGGAACAUCGGACCAUGUCUACAUCAAGCUGGUGGGGAUGAAGGGAGAGAGUCGUUGGGAGUUGAUUCUGAGUGAAGGACUCCAAACAGGAAAGUCUUGUACAUUCACUAUUGAAUGCCCCACCUCCCUGGGUGAACUGGUGGUGGUGGAACUGGACAGGCAAGAUCAGGUCGUUACUGAUGACUGGUUCUGUGCCAAAGUCACCGUGGUGACCCCAGAGGAGGACACGGCACAUUUCCCCUGCUACAGGUGGAUCUCAGACAAAAAAGUCCACUACUUCAGAGAUGGGAAAGUUGGUAAGUCAAUAGGUGACGCUGGGAAUGAGGAGACUGAGAAAGAGAUGGAGACAGCUGUGACGGUGGUGCCAUGGUCCAAUGCAGAGACCAUAGGCGCCGAUACCAUGGGUGCUCCGGGGCUCGAACACCUACGGAGAACCUCCGUGACCCAGUCUGCCAUGCGUGCGCUCGUGACCAACCAUGGCGGAAAACAUAAAUCGGAGCCACUGGAAGAGAUUAUACCAGCUAAAAGAGCGUUUGAUGACAUCAAUCCUCUGGUCGUGUCCAGCACCCAGAUGUUCAGAAGGACCAUGGCGUACUGGGUGACCGUGUUUACGGGUGACUUGGGGUUCUCUGGCACAUUCAAUCCUAUUUACAUCAAGCUGGUAGGGACAGAUGGAGAGAGCGAGCGUCUGAGGGCCAGUCCUUGGAUUGGAUUUAGAACAAGACAAGAGUAUACAUUCCCUAUUGAAUGCCCCACCUCCCUGGGUGACCUGCUGGUGGUGGAACUGGACAAGAAACCUCUGCCUCUAACACUUUCAGACAACUGGUUCUGUGCCAAAGUCACAGUAAGAAGUGAGACUCCAGAGAAUGACACGGCACAUUUCCCCAUUUACAGGUGGAUCUCAGACAACAAGGUCCACUACUUCAGAGAGGGCAAAGCUAAAAGAGUAUUUGAUGACAUCAAUCCUCUGGUCAAGUCCUGUAGGAAGAAGGAGCUCAAGGAAAGAGCCCAGGACUACAGAUGGGAUUCCUAUAAACAAGGUUUACCUGACUGCAUGAAAUCUGAGGGUCCCUCGUCUCUGCCCCUAGAGGUCCAAUUCUCCUACACCAAGGAAAUAGAGUUCCGCUUAACCGCUGCCGAAGAACUGAAGAAGCUGUGGCUCGAGGGUCUGAUAAACCUGAAGGAACCGUGGAAGAGCAUCGAUGACAUGCGCAAUGCUUUCAGCUUUCGAAGCACACACCUAUCAGACUACGUCCAGCAACACUGGAGGGAAGACAAGUUUUUUGGCUACCAGUUCCUGAACGGAAUCAACCCCAUGAUCAUCCAACGGUGCUCCAAGCUGCCGGAGAAUUUCCCCGUCACCAACGACAUGGUCAGGGCUUCCCUGCAUGGCGCGAGAAGCCUAACUGACCAAAUCAAGAAGGGGAACAUCUACCUGGUGGACUACAAACAGCUGGAUGGAGUGACCGCUAACGUGAUCAACGGGAAACAGCAGUACCUUACGGCUCCUCUCGUUCUGCUCCAAAAGACCCCAGACCACAAACUGAUACCCAUCGCCAUCCAGUUGAAGCAGAAGCCAGGAGAGGACAACCCCGUCUUCUUCCCCACUGACUCAGAGUACGACUGGCUGUUGGCCAAGAUCUUCGUGAGGAGCGCAAACUUUAAUGACCACGAGCUGAACGUCCACCUGCUGCGUACCCACCUCCUCAGCGAGGUGUUCGCUGUGGCCUUGCUGCGCAACUUUCCCAUGGUGCACCCCCUCUACAAGCUACUCGUUCCCCAUACCCGCUACACCCUUCAGAUCAACACCAUGGCCAGAGCUAAGCUGAUAUCAAAAGACGGAGUUUUCACUCAGUAUUCAGCAUCAGGUGGAGAGGGAAUGUUCACUAUCCUGCAGAGAGAGCUGUCCUCUCUGACCUACAGCUCCCUCUGUCUGCCGGAGGACAUCGCUGCACGAGGUCUGGAAUCCAUCCCGAACUUCUACUACAGAGACGACGGGCUCAGACUGUGGGAUGUGAUCCACAGGUUUGUCCAGGGAGUGAUCGGUCACUACUACAAGUCAGACUUGGAGGUCAAGAAGGACUCUGAGCUGCAGAACUGGAUCAAGGACAUCUUCCUCCAUGGAUUCCUGUCCAGGGACAGCUCAGGAAUCCCUGAAUCUUUCAAGACUGUGGCGGAACUCGUCAAGUUUGUCACCAUGGUGAUCUUCACAGGCUCCGCCCAGCACUCUGCUGUCAACACUGGACAGUUCGACUAUGGCGGUUGGCCGCUCAACUCCCCGAUCUCCCUGCAACUGCCUCCUCCCACCACUAAGGGGCAGAGUUCUGAGAGUACCAUGCUGCAGACCUUGGCAGACGUCAACUGCACGGCGCUUGGCGUGGGCACCGUUUCUCUUCUCAGCACGGAGUCCACUGACUUUGUCCCUCUUGGUGAAUACCCACAUGAGCACUUCAGUGAGGACGCCCCAUGCAGGCUGAUAAAGGGAUUCCAAGCAGAGCUGAAGACCUUCAGUGAGUCUGUCAAGGCCAGGAACUCCAGUCUGGAGGUUCCCUACACAUACCUGGAUCCUGAGCAGAUGGAGAACAGUGUGGCCCUUUAGACAGCAGACAGGCACCUCAUCCUGCAUCAGCAUCUGGUACCUGCUCUGGGUUUAGAUGUGAUUAGGAUGGUAACAGAAUGUUGGUUGUGUGUCAGAAUAUGCGGUAACACUUUAGAAUAAUGGUCCGUUGUUAAUGAGUAGCUAUGCAGGAAGUAAUAGGUAGUUCUACAUUAACACUGAAUUUAAUACUAUUAACUAAUAUGGAACCAAGAUUAACUAAGCAGUAAGUAGUCUAAUAGCGAAUUUAGUACAUGACUCUUUUGUUUAAAAAAUAUGUGUUUUAGCUGCCUGGUUGUUGUACGGAAAUUAAAUUACACAAAUCUGUGCCAAAUGUUAACUUUGGCUUUUGCCCAGAAACAAAGUAAAUAAAUGAGCAGAGUGCUUUUAAGAAUGAAUACAUUUUGGACUAUGCUUUUAAUGUAAAUUACACUGUGGACAGGGAUGUGGGUCCAAUCAAUAAACAAACAGAUGCUA